AUGGCAAGUGCAUAUAUUGAUGAAGAGAAUGCAUCCACGCUUGCUGUCACGCAUUCCACCCUACACAUCAUCGCUUUAGAGGUAGGUCGCCAACGAGGCAAGGCUGCCUCCAGCUCAAGUUCGCAAAACGUCGACCGAAAUGCACGAAAAGAGUUGCUACAAUUACUCGAGAGAUCCGUUGAAGGCGAUCCAUUGGUAGCCGAAUGGCUGUUGUUGGCACUCGCUGCACGCAUACGUACCCGUUCAGCAGCACAUAUGCUAGGUGCUCUUACGUUGACCAUAAGCAAUUUCCCAAUCACUCCAAACGAGAAAGGCAAAGAAGCAAACCUACUCACCACCCUUCGCGGAAUUUUACCAUUCGUUGCCGAUCAAUCACUCGAUUUGGCUCACUUGAACGCACCAUCGACGCUUUUUGCGCCAAAAAGUGAUGCAGACGAGCGUGGUAUGAAGGCAUGCAGGCUGCAAUUGGUUCGACAUUCGAUCUUGUUCAUCGAUGAAUCGAGUAUGAAUGAAGGUCAAUUACGCGAGAAUGGGAUCAACAACAUUCGUUCGCUCUCCACCGUCUUGCAGACACAGAAGUUGCCUUACACUUUCCCCUUCAGUACGCAUGAGAUGGAUACGCAUUUAUCGUGCAUGGUUACCAGUCAAGGAAAGAGCUUCUUGCCAAUCGAUGUUCAGGCUUCAUGGCAAGGCACUUCAAGUGAAGUGUUUGGCAAUGUUACUCGUGACCCUCCUGCAUCCGCAUCACUUGCUGCUAUUCGUGAGUACCUCUCCAACGUUCAGCAACUUGCAGGGUCUUCAUCGCAAUUCACGAUUUCCAAUGAUAUUCCUGAGAAGAUUCAAGAUGAUUUUGUGAUUAUCCGAAAAGCAAAUCAAGCCGCCACUUCUGCCACCUCUACCGACACCCAAACAGCUUUGGUUACAAUCAUGGAUACCCCCAGGUGGCCAGAUUGA